GAUUUAGCAAACAACAACCAUUGGUUGCAAUCUUAUUUGAGAGAGCGUGAUGCUUCUUUCUUUAUAAAAAGGUUUAUAUUGCAUGGUCACAUGGACCACAAACUCAUACAACUAAAGCAGCAAAACAACCCUUAAUUAGCUGCAUUCUUGCAAUGGUUCACGCCGAGAUCGACACUGGAGCUCCUUUCCGAUCUGUUAAAGAGGCUGUCACUCUGUUUGGCGAAAGGAUUCUUCUCGGUGAUAAUUACAUCAACAAGUCCCAAGAGAGAAACAAUGUAGAUAACGGAGUUAGAAGCAAAAGCAUAGAAGCUGAGCUGGAUGAAGUAAAGGAGAAUCUAAAGAAAGCAGAAGAAAAGAACAAGGUUUUGUCUCAGCUACUCGAAACUCUGACACAAGAGCUUGAAACGACUAAGGAAAAGCUAAGCCACUCGCUCAGAAAAUACCCUGAACACCCUCAAGUUGAAGAUGACCUCAAAUUCAUAGAGCAAUCAACGGUUAUUGAACCGGAUAACAUAACCGAUAUCAAGAUGAAUCGGUUUGAUGAAAAUGAAGUAUAUGAUGAGGAUCGUUUGGAGAGGAGGCGUUCGGUGAAGUUUGCGAAUCCACCAUUGUUAACGAAAUUCAUUGAGAGCAAAGAGGAGAAGAAGAAGAAGAACCAAGUUAUGGUGAAGAAGCAGACAAAGAAGAUGAAGCCAUUGGCUGCUUGGUUCUUUGCAAGAAAAUCGGUCUAGUUAACCACUUUUAGCAACCCUUGUCUCGCGUUUAUAUGCCUUACAUAUUCUGAAAUAAUAACCCCAAAAAUGAUACUACUUCUUAUUUUGGGGAUUCAUUCAACUUAAAUUUGUAACAGUUUUCUUGUCGAUAUGCAUGUAAGUAACUACAUAGACAAACUGGAUCAUGUCAAAUGUUUAAAGGGAGUUUAGCAUCCGAAAUAUGAAUAAUAAUCACAUCACAUGGUUCAUGUGUUUGAUAUUCUA